AUGAAAAAGAAUCCAAAUUUAUGCAUUGAAGAAAUUAAUGAUAUCUGUUACCUUAGUGAAGAUGGGUUCAAGAAAUUAAUCAUCAUAGAUAAAGAAACUAUUCAUACCGUCAUUAGAGAAUAUCACGAUACCAAAUAUAGUGGUCAUCACGCUUUAGAUAUCACAUACAAUAAUAUAAGACAAGAUUACUAUUUCAAAGAAAUGUUUUCUAUUAUCAAGAGGUACAUAAAGUCUUGUGCAACAUGUCAAUUGAACAUUAACCGUAAAGAUAAUGGUAUACUCCAAAGUUUAGAAAUUCCCUUUGAAGUUUGGAGAGAUAUAUCAAUCGAUUUCUUAUUGCUACCAAAAACAAUGUAUGCAAUAAACGGAUUUACAGUUGAAGUCGAUCAAGUUUGUGUCAUU